AAACUGUGACGACGUGAAGAACAACGGCCUCGCACAUGCGCAGUGUGUGUGUUUCUGCUUCAGUGGUGGUGAACAUGGCAGCGCCUAUAGACCUGGAGCUGAAGAAGGCGUUCUCGGAGCUGCAGGUGAAGAUGAUCGACACGCAGCAGAAGGUGAAGCUGGCCGACCUGCAGAUCGAUCAGCUGACCCGCGUUCAGAAACAUGCUAAGCUAACGCACGCGGAGGUCGCCGUGCUGGCGGACAACACGCGGCUCUACGAGGGAGUCGGACGCAUGUUCAUUCUUCAGUCAAAGGAAGACAUCAACAAUCAGCUGAUGGACAAACAGAAAACAGCUGAGGAGAAAAUCAAAGAGCUCGAGCAGAAGAAGGUGUACCUUGAACGCAGCGUGAAAGAAGCUGAAGAUAACAUCCGAGAGAUGCUGCUGUCCCGGAGAUCUCACUGAUCAAUAACCAAUCACUGAUCAGGAACCAAUCACUGAUCAGGAACCAAUCAGUGAUCAGGAACCAUCAGACAGAAUGUGAGGAUGUUCUCCAGGGUGGAGAUGUGUUGACUUGUAUUUGGUUUAGUUAGUUUCUGCAGAAUGAUCAGUAAUAACAUGUGUAAUAACAUGUGUAAUAACAUGUGUAAUAACACGUUGAUGUCUCUGUUUGCUAGUUGUUCAUAUUAAACUGUUGAACCUUCA